UGCAGCUCAGCGAGGAGAACCUGGACGAGCCCAGGACCGCCUGACCACCGCCCUGCAGAAACUGGACGAGGUGGAGAAGUCUGCAGACGAGAGCGAAAGGGGGAUGAAGGUGAUAGAGAACAGGGCUCUGAAGGAUGAGGAGAAGAUGGAGCAACUUGAGGUUCACCUGAGAGAAGCCAAACUGAUCGCAGAGGAGGCGGACCGCAAGUAUGAGGAGGUGGCUCGUAAACUGACGAUGUUGGAGGGAGAUCUGGAACGAGCUGAAGAGAGAGCUGAGCACGCAGAGAGUAAGAGUCGAGCGAUGGAGGAGGAGCUGAAAAAUGUCUUCACUAGUUCAAAGUCAAUGGAGGCCCAGGCAGAGAAGUAUUCGUUGAAGGAGGACAUAUACGAAAAGGAGAUCAAACAGCUGAGCGGCAAACUGAAGGAGGCGGAAUCCAGAGCAGACACUACGGAGCGUAGCAAGGUUAGCCUGGAGAAAACCAUCGACAGCUUGCAAGACGCUUUGACUUCAGCCAGAAACGCCAAGGCACAGCUGCAGGAGACUUUGCAUAACUACAUGGAGGAGCUAAACUCAUGCUGAACCCCCCCCCCCCCCCCCCGACUGCUGUCAGAGUCUUUGUGGCCAAAACAUUCCUCCCCUUGCUCCAGUUGACCCCCCCCCCGCUCGGGGUGAACAUUACUGCUUCUUUAUUUCCUCUUUCUUAAUGAUUCCUGCUCCUCUGGAUUUGGAGUGUUUGAUUAACCCCUCCCCCCCUCUCCUCACCCACUAAUAGUGCCAUCCCCCUCCUCAGUAUUAAAUGGAGGAGGUGUGAGGAGGUGCAGGAUGUUUAACAGCGACUUACAGCCAUUCCCUCGUUCAUUAACGACUAACAAUGAGUGUUUGAACGGUUUGUCUCCUAGCCAAUCGUUUAUUAUUCCUGUUGCAGGGGGUGUGGUUUAUAGUGGCCAAUCAUAGCAAGGCAUUCCACUGCCACACAUGGCAGACCACAAGCCAAUCUCAGCCCAGAUACACCCCCCAUUAACAACAAUGAACAAAUAAAGUUUAACAAAGUUUUUAUUCUAAAGCCACACAGUGAUGAUGUCAUAGCAUAUUGUAAUAAAUCUUGAGACAGAGCAGAUUUUAUAAAAUAAAAGCACCAUCACUGGUUUGUAGAUCCA